AUGUCGUCUGAAGGAUUUGUUCACCCUUCUACUUACAGAGAUGCUGAUGGAAAUAUUGCCCCUGAAAACCGUGAGGCUUGGCUGAAGUCCAUGGAGGCAAUGUCCAAGGACCGAUUUAUCGAGAUCGAGGAGCUGGAAGUCUUGCGACAGAGAGUUUCUGACUGCUUCAAGAAAGAAGGUGUUAACCAUAUGGAUAAUUGCAAGGCUGUGGUAGAUGCCUACACGCGUUUUAUGGCGGAGAAUGGCUUUUCCUCAUAAGGUGGAUCACAAUUAGAAUAAGAAAUCUUUU